AUGAUCAAAGCGGGGUCUCGGUCGGGCACCUCGCUGCCCACGGAUACGAUGGACAUCAUCCGCAGCAAGACCCACACCCGCCGAGUGAGGCUCAACGUCGGGGGCCUCCUCCACGAAGUCCUGUGGAGGACGCUGGACCGGCUGCCCCGCACAAGACUGGGCAAACUAAGAGACUGCAACACCCACGACUCUAUCAUGGAGAUAUGCGACGACUACAGCUUAGAUAGCAACGAGUACUUUUUCGACAGGCAUCCCGGCGCAUUCACCUCCAUUCUCAACUUCUAUCGCACCGGAAAGUUACACAUGAUGGAGGAGAUGUGCGCCCUCUCGUUCAGCCAAGAGCUGGACUUCUGGGGCAUCGACGAGAUCUACCUGGAGUCCUGCUGCCAGGCCAGGUAUCACCAGAAAAAGGAGCAGAUGAACGAGGAGCUCAAAAGAGAGGCCGAGAACAUGAGGGAGAGGGGAGGAGAGGAGUUUACAACCACAUGCUGUUCCGAAAAGAGGAAGAAACUCUGGGACCUCUUGGAGAAGCCUAGUUCAUCAUUUGCAGCUAAGAUCCUGGCAAUUAUCUCCAUCCUCUUCAUUGUGUUGUCAACCAUUGCCUUGUCUCUGAACACCCUUCCAGAGCUGCAGGACACAGAUGAGUUUGGUCACCCUACAGACAACCCACAACUGGCCCAUGUGGAAGCUGUAUGUAUUGCCUGGUUUACCAUGGAGUACUUGCUUCGCUUCCUCUCCUCCCCCAACAAGUGGAAGUUCUUUAAGGGUCCUCUGAAUAUUAUCGACCUGCUGGCCAUCCUGCCCUACUACGUCACCAUCUUUCUGACAGAAUCCAACAAGAGUGUGCUGCAAUUUCAGAACGUCCGUCGAGUGGUUCAGAUUUUCCGGAUCAUGCGGAUCCUGCGUAUUCUGAAGCUGGCUCGUCACUCCACAGGUCUUCAGUCUCUGGGCUUCACUCUAAGGAGGAGCUAUAAUGAGCUGGGCCUGCUCAUUCUUUUUUUGGCCAUGGGCAUCAUGAUAUUCUCCAGUCUGGUCUUCUUUGCAGAAAAGGAUGAAGAGGACACCAAGUUCAAAAGCAUUCCAGCUUCCUUUUGGUGGGCUACCAUUACUAUGACAACAGUUGGCUAUGGUGAUAUCUACCCAAAAACUCUACUGGGAAAGAUAGUUGGAGGUUUGUGCUGCAUCGCUGGAGUACUGGUGAUAGCCCUGCCUAUCCCAAUCAUAGUGAAUAACUUCUCUGAGUUCUACAAAGAACAAAAGAGGCAGGAGAAAGCCAUCAAAAGAAGGGAGGCUCUAGAGAGGGCUAAGAGAAAUGGUAGCAUUGUCUCUAUGAACAUUAAAGAAACAUUUGGCCGCAGUGUAGAGCUCAUGGAUGUAAUGGUGGAAAAUACUGAAGAAAAAAAGAAGGUGCAUGAUAAUAAUGUGUCUCCAACUCAACUGAAAGGGACACCCAAACUCAAGUCACAGAUGAGCCCCAGCAACCCCACUAAGACUCUCGAAUCAAGCUACCAAGAGCAGGCCAAGCCUUCUAGUAGCCCUCAACAUCUCAGCGCACAGAAACUGGAGGAGAUGUACAAUAAGAUGGCCAUAGCCCAGUCACAACCCAACGUCGACAGCAAUGAAAAAGGGCCACUGCCCAAAGCAGUCAGGCAGAGAGCUGAAUUUGAGAUGGGAAACAUCCCCACUGAAGCUAUCUUAAGCACAGCAGAGGCAGUUACAGACAUGAGGAGCAUGUCCAGCCUUGACAGCUUCAUCAGCUGCGCCACUGACUUUCCUGAGAGCUCUCGCUUUUCCCACAGCCCUGUCAGCAACAUGAUAGGGAGGUUCAGCACCAACCCCAGCCUGGUGCCCACCAUGGAGAAUGAGCAUGAAGGAUCCCAGGGCACCACCACACCCCUGACAGGACCAGGCACCGAGCCCGGUUCUGACAGCUCCAAGGGUCUACAUUUGAACAAGCCACUCAAAAGCCGCUCUCUCAAGGUCAACUUCAGAGAUCGGGAGGAUUCAGGGACAGGGGCCUUCUCAGACAGCUCGUCAGUCCAGAGUCCUGAGGUGUCUAUCUACACAACUGCCAGUAACAGGACACCCAGCAAGAGUCCGGAGAAUUUACCGCCCGUCAUCUUCACGUUCCACGAUGCGUCCAUCAAUAAAUUCAUCGAUGCCGACACAGAUGAGGAGGAGCACCUGAAUGAUGGUUCACGCACCAACCCUUCCCAAAGACUUCUGGAAAAAGCCAGCCCCAAAGCUGGCCAUCACUCCAGCUUCCAGCAAGGGUCCAACCACAUGGGGGGCCUGCAGAGGAAGCUCGGGAACAGCACACUGCCGCUAGAAGCGCAGGAGAACCAUGUGGUUCAGGAGCUCAUGCCACUUCAGGGAGCGAAGAGUCACCCUAACGCUUAAAGUUAGAAUAAGUGAGA